AGCUUGCGUAAGAUCUCUUCGGCGACUCCUACGAUCUCUUCGGCGACUCCCGAGAAAAGAGCCAAACCAAGCGAGCCUAUAGAGCCUGAAAAUAUGGAUAUCAUUACAACAACAGAUACAGAGCGAGAUGAAAUUAAUGAUGACCUUGACCAAUGUGGGGGUACACCAAACACAGAAGAGCUUUGCAGCGUCGCUCUACAAGUAAAAAGUCUGCCAUUAGCACGUUCACUUGGGAAAGCCCUUCGUCUAAAUGAUGACCUCAUUGUUGGAUUCAUCGAUCUACCCAGUUCGUCAGUACUCUAUAAGAUCGCACGACAGCUCGUAGACAGUUGGUGGAUUAGUUUGAAAGAGGAAGAAAAAGAAGAUAAGUUUGCUAAGCUUCUCUCGGAGUUUAACAUCCAAGACGUCAAAACAGUGUCCGCAGGCCGUGAAGAAAUCUCAAAAGCCAUUGGAUCCAAGACAGAUCUACUGGACUUGUGCCAUCGCCUGAGUAUUAAACCUUCUGGCGUCUUGCAGAUCAUGAGCACAUCUUUGACCUUGCCGCCUCACAUGAUUGGCCGUAGUGCUCUGAAGAUGCUUAAAGAGUGGGUACAUCAAGGUGGGACGAGGGAGAGGCUUCUGGAAGUUGCUCAGGCUUUCCGCUUCAACGAUGCAGCAGUCAAGAUAGCAGAAGCCAUUAAAUGCCAACCAAGCUAUAUGCCUUUCAUCUCGCAUGGCAUCAUUGAUCACAAGGGUGGAGAACUUGCCGUCGAUGAACUUGGUAUUGCCGUAUCUAUCCCUGAAGGAGCUAUACCAAAAGGGAUGAGAUCAGUCGUGACUCUUCGCGUCCCAACCCAUUAUACUCCUAGGCUUCCUGUACGGGAGGGAGAGAUAGUCAUUACUCCAGUCAUAGAAAGUUCUCUGGCACAAGAACUGCUCAAGCCUGCAACAGUGGUACUACCACACUGUACCAAUCACCAUGAACGUAAAGACGACCCUUCUGUUAUCUUGUACACAAAAACAGGACCAGGAACAUUCGGUCGUAGGAACCUGAUUCCGCGCCCGUCACACAUUUCGAAAGAUAAGAUUCAUAGACUCAAGUUUCAUACACGUCAUCUUCAAGUCUGGGCUCUGUCAUCGACCGAUAUUCAAGGACUCCAUGCGAGAUGUGUAGUCUUCCAGCCUGUCUUCAUGACUCCUGCAGAGAAAUCAACUCUACAUGUGUACAUACUUCACCCAUAUAGGAACUACAUAGAGGAUAUAACUAGGAAGGAGAAGAGUUCUUCUGUACCCUACUGCCAAGUCCUGGAUGAACUCAGAUUCUCUAUAGAGUCAACAGCAAAGGAUCUAAAGAUUUUGUUCCACGACGGGACAAAAAGUAUCAAAAGAAUGGUACCCAUCAAAAGAAUACUAAGUGGAAAGUGCAGCCCUCUGAAUUUCGAACUCCAGUUCUCUCCUGAAGAGAAAGGAAAGAAGAACGUCCAUAUCGACAUACUACAAGGGUCAGCAAAACUUGCAGAAAAAGACCACAUCCUUUCAAAAGAGGAUGAACCGGAUUAUGCAGUCGAUCACACGGAUUCGCAAUGUCUAUUGCAGUAUGUGUCCGACAAUCUUCUCGAGAUCCUGACAGAUGUGAUCCCUUCAUUAAAGGAAUUAAAGUUCCUUGGCUACCAACUUGGCUUCUCUUAUUCAGCUGUAGAGAAAUACCUCAACCACCCAGACUCGUCCUUAAUAUUUGAUAAUGUGUCAAGGUCAGGCUUUGGUGAGAUGCUCCGUGACUGGAGACGGAGGGUUCGACCUAGUGAGCAGGUAGAUGAACUUCAUCUAGCAUUACGAAAUGCUGGGUUAGGCCAUGCAGCUAAGGUCAUCCUACCUGAAUUGAGUACCACUUCUAGGAGGCACUAUGAACAAGUCAGAAAAGGAUGGGAGUCAAAAUGAGUAGGCAAUCCUGUCAUUGGAAUGUAUAUCAUCAUCCCCACGACAAAGAAGGAUCCACUAUUAUGUAUGUAUGCAGCUGAGCCUGAAAAGACUACGUCUUCAGAAACACGUAUUUUAAGUCUGCAUGAUUCAUUCUCAGUCUGAAUCUCGAAGUUGCUUUUUCUUCCGUAGCCAACGCUACUGGGUGUCAUGUAGAUGAGCUACAUAAUUAUGAGAAUGAUUUGUUUUUAACUAUCUUUAAUGAUUAUAGGGAAAUCUAACCUAGUAAACUGAACAAAGAUAAAGCAGAAAAUAUGAAAUGUAGACUAAAGAAAGUUAUAAUAACUACACGUAUAGGCAAUAGACACUUCAAAUUGGCUACUAAAAUUUUCUCGCAAUCCCCUUAUAUCUAGGAGAUGACUAAAAAUACUAUUUAACAAAAAAUCGACUGAACAUUGAAGCCAGAUAUGUGCGCAGUGUUAAAAUCAUUUCGAUUUCAUAAGAAUCCUUAUAAUUUACAGCGUUUUUGAUACACCCUACAUUAUCAAACAGUCCCAAUAACCUCAUGACAGCUUUCUUUUCAUUGCAUUGGCAUGGCCAGUACUCAUGCCUCUUCAAGAUGUAUCAAAGUUGGUUCAGUUGUCGUAUUGGAUGCAAUUAUUUGUUCUUUGUGACAAUUUUGUGUGGAAAGCUUUUCAGUUCUAUCGCCACAAUAAUUAUAUGCCUAGCAUAACAACUACAGAAAUUAUGUUCUUGAUAUUAAUGUUGCAUGAACAAUUUGUCAGUUGACUUGCUAAAAUUAUCAUAUAUAUAAGACAAUUGAUAACCCCAAUAGAUAUUCCUAUAAUGUAAAGCUGUUUCAGUUCUAUUAGUACAAUUGUUAUAUACAUGAGGUAAUAACUAUAGUAAAUAUAUGAGUUAUUAUAUGGUUUGUGUGGAAACUGUUCCACUUAUAUUGCUACAACACUAACGAACAUAUGAUAAUGAUUACAGAAGAAAAUUUCUUGAUAGCAACGUUGUAUGAAAUUCAAACAACGUUGUUUCAUUCUGUUGGUACAAUAAUCAAAUAAUCUCUGGCUCUCUACUUUUUAGCAGGUUUCAUGAAAACCUCACCAUUCUUUUCUGUUUUGAGCUCUUUCCUUCAUCUCUUGGUAUGUAUCAUUUGCUUUGAUACCAUCCAAUAUUAUCAUUUUUGUCCUUACCCUUCGUAUUUUCCUUCCAUCCUUCCCUGAAUGAUUUCUCUCAGGUGUCCAUCAUGCCGUAUUUUCUUCAUUGCACGGUUUUAUGAGGACUGUUCAUUUCUUUUACUACAAUGAUC